CCUUCUUCUUAAGCAGCGCCUUCCUCCUCCUCCCCUCCCCCUCACCCCCCACACGUACACACAUACGCACCGUGCGGGAGCAGAGCACAACAGCGUCACCUCGGACCAGCGAGGGCAGGCGGUAGGGGGAGCUCAAAAGGCAAACAAGACACUCUGCUUUCUCCCCGUUUGAGGUUUGACCUCUCCCCAGCUCCAGAGCCCCGCAAGUCUCCCCCUCCUCCCCUCGCGACGACCGUCGCCGGCAAUGGCGGCCGCCUCGGAGGAGGCCAUCAAGCAGUUCUCCGUGCUCAUGGAGCAGUUGGAGGAGCCCCUCAAGACCACAUUCCAGAAUGUGCACCAAGGAUAUCCAAGAGGGACUCUGCUGCGCUUUCUCAAGGCCAGAGAAUGGAACGUUCCGAAAGCAUAUAAAAUGCUAAUGGAUUGCUUGAAUUGGAGGCUUCAGAAUGAGAUUGACAGCGUUCUAGCUAAACCAAUAUUGCCCGCUGAUUUGUAUAGAUCUAUUCGUGAUACACUGCUUGUUGGAUUAACAGGAUAUUCCAAGCAGGGUCAACCUGUCUAUGCAUUUGGUGUUGGGCUCAGUACCUUUGACAGAGCAUCGGUGAACUACUAUUUGCAGUCUCACAUACAGAUGAAUGAGUAUCGAGAUCGUGUUGUCCUGCCAGGUGCAUCUGAGAUGUCCGGAAAACAGAUUAACACCUGCUUGAAAGUUAUGGAUAUGACUGGCCUGAAGCUUUCUGCUUUGAACCAAAUAAAGAUGUUGAGCACGAUAACAGCUGUUGAUGACCUCAAUUAUCCUGAGAAAACCGAGACGUAUUACAUUGUGAACGCUCCAUAUGUUUUUUCGGCAUGUUGGAAGGUUGUGAAGCCUCUUUUACAAGAGCGAACUAAAAAGAAGAUCAAAGUCUUGUAUGGCCCUGGAAGAGAUGAAUUACUGAAGGUUAUGGACUACGCGUCACUCCCGCACUUCUGCAAGAGGGAAGGGUCCGGUUCGGGUUCGUCGUCGGAUGAAGUCGACUGCUACUCGUAUGAUCAUCCAUUCCACCAGGAGCUGUACAACUAUGUGAAGCAGCAAGCUCUGAGGAACCAGGACAGCGUCGGCCCCGCGAAGCAAGGGUCGAUGCAUGUGAGGGUGCCGACGCCGGACCUGGAGGAGGCCAAGAUCAUGGAGACGAUCCAGUCGGAGCUCCACAACCUCAAGGGGGGCGACGGCAUUUCCCGCUCCUUCAGCAGGAUCACCAUCGAAGGUCCAUGAUAUCUUAUUUCCUGCUCGUAUCCAAGAUCGUCGUGGAUGUGAUCCAUGAUGAUCGGAGUGCCUCGAGAUGCGCGGAGCAGGUAAUCGCUUAUUUUAUCUUAUUUGACGCCAGAAGAUUAUUCUGGGGUUUAUAACGGUUCUUGCUUGCGUUGUAACCGCUGGCUGCAAAGCUCGAGUAGGAUCAUAUCAGUAGAGGAAGUAGCAGCAGUAGCAUCGGAUUCUAAUAACCGAGUGAGUCUGUAUCGUGGUGUCGAAGAUGGUAGUAAUUAGUUUGAUUAACCUGUCUAAUGGAUGUACCAUUUGCGAGUUACUGUUUCCAUGCUUCUCAUGGCAGGGAAAUUGCCAUGCUCCCAGACAUGAGUAACACCAGCACUAUGUAUCGGACCAAUCAGUAUAUAGUAUAUGUAUGUAUAUGUAA